AUUUACAGCAAUGUCAAAAUUGUAAAGAUGUGCAACUGUAGGAGCCCUUGAAGCUAAAAUGACUCACUAUGCACCAGAUGGAACAGGUACAGAUAUAGAAGUAAUUUAUUAGGUAGGGAUUCCUACGUUACUUUAUAAAAUGGUGGAGUUUGGAAAGAAAUUUAGAUUCAGUGUGUUCAUCCUGAAUUAGGAACCUUUAGUAAAUAAAAAUAAUGGAGACCUCCAGCACCAAUGAUGGUCCCUAAAUUUAGACAUUACUAAAGUGAUGGAUCAGGCAGAGAUAAUUAUGUAAUGUAAUUUUCAUUAUUUAUUCUCAAGUGCUGAUGAAGGAGGUUUAGCACCUUCAUCAAAAAAAUUUUAAAGAAGAACUAACUUUUUCACAUCAUUAAGAGAUUAUGAACCUUGCCCACCAAUUCCUUAAUAAGAUUGCUUUAGGAUGGCUUAAACACCAAGUGCAUAAUCUUUUAAAUAAUACUUAAAAACUCAACAAUUAGCUACUUAGUAAGGGGAUUUGAUUCGAAGAUUAAAUGUUCCCAAAAAAUCUGAGGAUCCGUAUAAAAGAAUAAGAAAGCUUUCAGCUCCAUUUUAUAGAAAAUGA